AACACAUUAUAGUCUUUCUUUUUUUUUUUAAUUUUAUAUAUAUAUAUAUAUAUAUUUUACCAGUUUGUUUGCUUCUUCUUGGUCACUUGGUUUCUCCAUCUUUUUUAAAGAUAUUCAAUGCUUGGACAAGAUGAAAGUGAAGGUACAAUUCUUUUCGAACUCGUGGAUGUACUUGGACGAUUGACUCUGGAUCAAGUAUAUGGAAAUGGUUUACAUGCCUUGAAACGACUUUCAAUAUGCAACUUGACUGAUCGACAAAUAGUUGUACGUAUGCGAUCCAACUUACGAAAUCAAAUCUGUUUUCAAACUGAAAAUGAAAACUUGGUGGAAUGUGACGUGGGUGACAAUACAACCAACACUGUGGCAUGGUCGCAGCAACAACAACAACAACAAUCAUACAAUAAUAAUAGAUAUCCUGUAAAUGAACUUUUCAAUAUUGUGAAUCAUAUAGACGAAUUGACAUUACAACCUCAUGAAACAAAACCUUUGAUUCUUGGAUUUUUACCAGACGCACGGGAGGAUGACGACGAUUCAAGUACAAGUGGCGGGAUAUUCACACAACAGGAUAAUGCUGAAAUGGAUACCUUCAAUUGGUUUAAUGUGACAGGUAGUUUAUUCUUUUUUGGUUAUGUGGAUGCUGUCUCAAAUAUGGCUGAUUAUCAACUCUCUACCAAAUUCCGGGCAACUGUAUGUCGAUCUACUUUAUGGACAGAUGUGACUGAAACUGGUAUCAAUUUUGAUGAUUGUGUGAUGGGUGAAACAUACUACCAAGAUUUUAUUGUGAAAAAUAAAUCUGAUAUUGAUUUAUACUGGAAACUCAACACAGUGGAUCUUAAACACGGAUGGCUAGAUUUUAUGGAUGCUGAUACUGGUGCUAGCUUGAUGGAUCAACACUAUGGACCUAUCGAAGGAUGUUCUUUCCGGCGAAUUCGUGUGACUUUUACUCCAAAAGAAGUGGGUGAAUUCAAUUAUGACCUUCAAUUAGAAAAUCUCAAUGAUGCUCGCAACGUGGUACAAACAAAGAUCCAUGCCAUUGUUCGUUCUGUAGCACACAAGGAAUCUUUGGUGGUGACAAGUGGAAACGUGAUAGAUUUUGGUGAUUGUAUCUCUGGACAAUGGGCCGUACAACAAAUGGUACUCAACAAUGUUAGUGAAAAUGUGGUUGAAGUUCGUUUCUUACCUGAAGGUGCUGAUGUUGUUUUUGAUAUCAAAUCAAAUCUGGAUCCUACCUCUACCGAAAUUGCUGCAGCAUCAUCAUCAUCAGUAUCAACGACAACAACAACAACAACAACAACAACGACAACAACAACGGCAGCAGCAACCCCUGAACAACAACGACAUUCCUUUUUGACACCUACAACUACUCUUGCUAGUAUCAGUGAUCUCUCUGCAACUGAUAGUGAUUUCUCUCGAUCAUCAUCACCUAUCUCUAUGGAAUCAUCUAGUGUUUGGGGUGGUGUUCGUAUUCAUACUCCUUCUCAAGCGGCAACAUCAAUACGAUCAGCUGGUGAUUUGGAUAUCAAACCACAAACUUCAUCACAUCCAGUGGAAAAUUAUUCAAGAAUUGAAGAUCUGAUGUUGAAACCUGGUAAAGAACGAACUGUGCAAGUGUCUUAUCGACCUCAAAAGGAUGCCAACUUGACUGAUUUCAAUGCAGGCCAAUUGAUUCGACGAAACUUUAGAAUUGUACUUGAAUAUGGCAAUUAUCGAAGUACGGAAUCCAAAGAACGAAAAUCAAUACAAUGUAGGGCAAGAACAUGUACAUCAUUUGUAGAAGUCAUUCCAAAAGAAAUCAAUUUUGGUGAUACUGAUGUUGGUACUCUCAAAUCAAUACCGAUCAAUAUCUUCAAUCGAUCAGAUAUCAUGGCUCGAGUGGAAUUGGAAUUCUCAUCAAAGGUGUUGAAUUGUUUACGGGGCGAAAUUGCUAUUCAACCACGAAGUUAUGUCGAGCUUAAACUGGACUUAUACCCUCGCAAGGUCAAUCCUGAAUACCGAAAGCAAAUUACUCUGGUCAAUUAUCUCAACAAUGACAAUGAUCAAAUCAUCGAAGUACAAAGCACCAAUAUUGAUAAGAACCGUGUCACCUUUCAUUCACUAUUCUAUCGUAUCCUCACAGCAACUGGUGCAAAUUAUCUGGAUUUUGGUUCUAUUGCUCUGAAUUCACCAUCCUUACGAACAUUCACAGUUGAAAAUAUUCGCAACAAACCUUUGACUUUAGAAAUCACAACAUCAAUACCUUAUGAUUUGGUCAUUUAUGUCAAGAAAAAGCGAACUGGGGAAAAGAAUAAAUCAAGCAAAACUAACAACAACCAUCGAUCAGCUCCACAUACGCCAAUAACACCUCAUCGUCCAUCAUCAUCACCCACCAUUGUUAGCUCAGAUACAAACAUCAAGAAGAAGGAUCGACGGGUACACUUACAUCGUAUGCUUUUGGACAAGGAUGGUAACAAUAUGGUUGGAAACUACAAUAGUAACAGCGUCACUCCUGAACAACAGCAACAACGUCGGACUGUUCGUGCUGAUCGAGCAACAUAUUCUUCAACUGCUUAUUUAGAUUUGGCAAUCGCACCACAACAACGCAUGAAUGGUAAAAGACGGUUACUACGAUCUAUCAACAAAAAGGAACUCAAUGAUUUACGUGACAGAACUGGCGUUAUGACUAACCAAAACAAGCAUGAAAAGAAACGCAUCAAUGUAAAUAGCAAUGGCGACAGUAACAAAAGCAAUGAUGACAGGAUUAGUGACAGCAAUAACAAACAAACUGGCCUCAACGACAGUUCGAAUGCUUUAGUGAGGAUGGAAAAUGGUACUAGCAAAGAUGGAUCGAUCAAAGAUACUCAACAAAAGCUCAAAUCACAACAACGGCAACAACAACGACCUAUGGGAAUAACUGCUGCUCGAUACAAAUCACGCAAAAAGUUGGAUUGGUCAGAUAUUGCAGGCAAAGCUCGUGUUCCUUUUGAAGAUCUUUUAUCUGUAUUAGAACAUGGAUCAAAAACAGCACCACCUUUAUUCCCAAAUCAAGCGGCAGAAGAACAAUUUGUUAGACAUCAACUUGCAUGGCGACGUGAACUCGACAGAUUGAUUGAAAAAGGUGAUCUGGUACAAACUUCUUUGGUACAUGUGGAACCUGAAGGCGAAGAAGAAGUUGUGAUUGUGUUUACUCCGAAUGGUGAUACCAAACCGCAUGUCAAAAGUGCUCCCAAGAAACAGGAUGGCCGGAUUUUUUUACGCCUUGUGGAUUUUGACCGUGAUAUUGAACAGACAGAAUUUGAAAAUUUGCUGGAUUUGGACCAAAAUGAUAUACCUCUUCGUGAAGUCAUCGUUCGUGCUCAACUUUGUCGAUCAGUGAUGGAUUUGGGUCAAAAGAAUAUCAAUUUUGGAAUGGUGGAACGCAAUGAACGACAUGCCAAAUCAAUCCUUCUACACAAUCGAAGUGAAACACCUUUGCUAUAUGCUAUUAGGAAAUCUGGUUCUAUUGCUUCUGGUGAUAUUGAUCUUGGUGCUGGUCGCUAUGGUGUAGUACGCUCCUUUGGCAAACGGGAAAUCGAAUUUACUUUUGAACCAACACUACCUGGCAACUUUAUGGAAAAAUUGACUGUGGAAAACAUUCGUGAUCGACACAAUGAUCAAGUUUUAUCUCUCAAGGCCAUUGUACGGAAACCUUCGACGUUCUUUAUACAAUCUUUGGAAAUGAUGUUCGGUCCUUGUCUCGUAGAUCAUGUGUGUCCUCGUACUGAAACAAUCGUGGUGACAAAUACCAACAAACAAACUAGGAUGUUUGAAGUACGGGUGGAUCCAAAUGAAGCUAUCUUUGGUUGUUACUUUGGUGAAUUUGAUUUUGUGGUGGAUGAUGAUGAAUCCAAGAAGACAUUGUCUAAAGAAGCUGAAGAAGAAAUCGAAAAUCUGGAACAAAAACUCAAGAUUGCUCGACGCAAGGAUCAACCUGACAAGAUCAACAAGUAUGUCAAGAAACUUGCCAAGCUUAGAGAUAAUGAUAGCGGUGCAUCGACAACUUUGAAAACAGCUGUAUCAUCUGAUUUAAAUACAACUGAAUUAAAAACAACAACAACAACAACGGAUCAAACAAGCAACGAUAUCAACAAUAAUCAUAGUAAUAGUGGUGGUAGUGGUAACAAGGAUGCUUCUGCAAUGAUAUUCAAGAAAACGUCUGAAAGUGUGGUAUUUCCAUUGGAUCCUCAUGCGACAAAGACAAUUACGGUGUAUCUCAAGGCAGUACUAAGACCAUUAAAACAAGGGGAAUCACAUGAAAACACGGAUAUGUCACCUCUACACAUCAAGGGACGGAUCAUGGUGCAUGAAUACAAAAACACGGAUGUUUGCAAGAAUAUUGUAUAUACGGCUUUGAUAUGCAAGAAUCAAGAGGAUUACAAUCAAGAACUUUUACUGGAUGGCAAACCAACGAUAAAAACAACUGUGGCAUCUUCAUCACCGUUUUCAUUAUCAUCAUCAUCAUCAUCAUCUCCUUCCGCUCCUAUUCGUCCUCCUUUGUCUUCUUCAUUAAAAAAUCAAGUAGCUGUUGUCAAGGAAAUGGAAACUAAAGAAGCUCUAGUAUUGGAAAGAACAAGUUUUGAUGGUGGUAAAGUAGAAAUCAAUCAACAUUCAACAUUUUAUGUACGUGUUACCAAUCAAUCGGACAAACCUCUUCGGUAUAGCUUUGUGGUGGAUAAUGAAAAAGAAAAGGAUUUUUUUAUUUUCCCAACGACUACAACACCCUUGGAACCCUUGGAAACGCGAAAAAUCUUGUUUGAUAUUCACCCUACUACUGUUGGCAAACAACAACAUACCUUGAUGCUUCGAAACGAUGAUACAAUGAUCAUACAACAAUUUACUCUUCAUAUUCUUGUUCAUCGCAAACAAUACUUGACAUUUCCUUCUUUGUCUGAAGAUACAAAUGGUGAAUUGGAUCUUGGUUUUUCCUAUGUGGAUCCUGGCAACAAGUAUUCUCAAGUAACUCCAUUGCUGGUCAAGAAUAUUACCGAUGAAGAUAUUUAUAUCACUUGUCAAAGCAAUCUCUCUCAUCAAGUGCUGAUAUUUAUGGACGAAUCUGGACAACGUGGGUUAGUGGAUAUGAUGCCUUUCAAACAUGGUAAUAUGGUCACUGUAUGGGUAGCUGUUCAACCGAACCUAUUGACUGGUUACUUGGGAAAUUCUGGUGAUGAAUGUCGGGAACUGGUGGGUGGUAUCAAGUUUUCCAUUUAUACCAAGCAUGAUGAUGGUGAUGAUGAUACUGAUCAAGGCAAUAUCGAUGGUAUGGACAAAAAAAAAGGAUCAUUUAAUCUCAUGUGGACUCAAACUGUCAAGUUUACUUCGGUGAUUGGACAGUCUCAUCUUCAAAUUUCUCAUCAAGUUAUCAAUUUGGGUUAUACUGAUAUACUACAUGAAGAAUUUUAUGGUGCUUUCACUAUUCAAAACAAGUCAGGACAACUACCUUUGGAUUAUGAAGUAGAAUGUACUAGUGGCAAUAUUGUUCUGGAUCGACGUGGUGGGACUCUGUAUGGAUGGAAAGACGGCACAAGUGCAUUGAAAGUACAUGGAUCAAGUGGGGAAGAGGAUGAUGAAGAUAUCUAUGGCGACGCUUUGACGACAUCUUUGGCACAUAUCACCUUCCGAAUCUAUUCUUACCGACUUGGACUGUUAAAUGAACGUUUAUUGGUGACCAACCUGCACAACAGCAAGGAAGUGUUUGAAAUUGAAGUACGCCUCUUUGUUGAUAGUGGGAAAAUGGAUAUUUUAUCAAUACCUUCUAGACAGGUUGCUCUGGACAAUGUAUACCAUUCAAAUCAUAGGGAAGCUUAUCCAUUGCGUACAAUCAAAUGGGAAAAUAUUUAUACCUAUCCUGAGGAUGAUGAUAUCAACGGCAAUAUUGAAAAUGAUGAUGAUGAUGAUGGGGUACCAAGAUUGAAAAUGAUUAUGCUUCCUCCUCAAGACCAUCAACGUGUAUGUAUCCGUGAAAUUGAAGUAGCCAACACUUCUGGGCAACCUAUGUUAUUGAUAGCAGCUAGUGAUGUAGAUGUGAAGGCUUCGUGGGUAUUAUCACAGAAUCAAACCAAACUUGUGGAUGACUCGACGGUGGAAAAAACAACAACAAUGAUUCCUUUCUCUAGAUGCAGUGAUCAGCUUGCGCUUCAACCUGGUCAACGUGUGCGUGUUCAACUUCAUUGUCCAUCAGUUCAAAAACUUUCCAAGAAUGAACGAUCUCUUGCUUUGAAUGGUCACAGUGGAUCUCUCAAUGGUAUGAUGGUACUUUAUGAUGCUCGACAACAAAUUGAAGUCAUGGCGGUGGAAUUGCAAGCUCAAUUUUGUGUGUCUCUGGGUACUUUAUCGCUGGAUAGAAUUGAUUUGGGCAAGAUUGGUCAUGUGAAUUCCUGGAAACCAAGCAAAUUCCAAUUCUCCGUUCGAAAUCUUGCUGAUGUUGCCAUGUCGUAUACUAUUCAAGCAACAUCGUGUUUCCACUUUGCACCUUUGGACAAGAAUGGCAUGGCUCUUCCUAAUAGGGAUAAGAAGAACUUUUAUAUUCCUGCUCGUAAAUCUCAGACAGUGGAAGGAGUAUUAGACCCUCGUCUUUUGGAUGAUCAAGGAUCUGGACAUCGACGCUAUGAUAUAAAGAUUAUCAACGAACGCAAUCCAAACAACAUGAUGAUGUUACGACUCAAAGCCAUCAUGACGACCUUUGAACUUUGUUUUGAACGUUUGAUGAAUGGUGAACUGGUACUUCCUACACUACAACAUCCUAUUCCUGAUCCGAAUGUGAGUUGUGACAAUUGGUUUGUGAUCCGCAAUACAACAGAUGAUGAUAUUCGAUUUGAAAUUGGAGCUGAUUUAUCUCCUGAUGUUGCCGACUAUAUCAAACUGGAUGUUUUAUCAAGGUAUUCUAAUUCACCACUCAAAGGCGGCAUCACUGUCAGUGCUCAAGGUAAAAUGGAAGUCCGGAUACGUGCAUCACCAAACGAAGCUACUAGAUUACCUCUUGACCGACCAGACUUGAUGAACGAUACCACUGGCGUGAUUUUGGCGAAUUUAUGGGUGACAACAAGACCAAAGGAUGAAGAUCAAACAGUGCGUGAAGUGAUUCCAGUUCGCAGUUAUUUAGUGGACACUCCAAUGUUUUCUCUCAGUGAACGACGCAUGGAUUUCAAACUGGUGACUUAUUAUCGUGAACAACAGUACAAAUAUAAUGAUGAUGAUGAUGAUGAUGAUGAUGAUGAACGACGACAACGUAUGGAAGAAUCAGAUGACGCCAACUCCAUUAGCUCAACGCCAGCCAUUUGUGUUCCAGAAAGUUAUCCACUGAUCAUUACUAAUCAUGCUACCAAGGUACCAUUACGAUUCAAGAUCAUGAUCGAAGCUCCUACCGAGUUCCCUGCUGAACAAUUGAUUGAUAUCUCCCCAUUGGCCCCUGAUGGCACUGGUCAAGUUCUCCCUGGUGAUUCCCUUCCUUUGACUGUGACUUUGGCUAACCCGGAUGAUAAUUUGCCUGAACAAAUUAAAAUACAUGUGGAUGAUAUGGAUGCUAUCGGUGACACUCGACAGACAGCUAUUGUAUAUAUGACGGAAAUUGUUUGGGAUCUGUAGAAUAGUGUAGAUUAGAAUAGAAGC